ACAGAGGGACAAAGACAACAGCUGGACAUCAGAGGUGGCAGCAAUAAAGGGUACUGUUUACUACAUUUUGUUUAAGUGUAGACAGGACUGAUCCAAUGCGCCCUGUACCCAGGAAGGGCGGGGUGGGUGGCAGAGCGGGGACGGGAGAGAGGGAGAGGAGUGAGGAGGAAGGCAGGACUGGCAGGGUGCGGUCUGAAGUGGCAACAGAUCGUUUUGGAUCAGUCAAAUCCCUCCAAUUCAACUGGAAAGCUGCAGCUUGUUGCACGCUGGCCGCAUCUGGAGAGGAAGAGCUUUCAAACAGAGGCUGAUGCUGUGACAGCUCCCAGCGCAAAAGAAAAGAGAGGGAGAGAAACCACAACACUGCAACUGGGAUAUCAGUAACCACUCUCUCUCUUUAACUCUCUCACCCACCAAAUCGACUUUGAACCUGUUUGUUUAAAUACACGGACUUUACAGCCUGCAAACUUACUGUUGAUUCUGUCAGGCGGAGGGAGCGAAGUUUCUCUAUUUUGCUCUAUUUUGUUUGGAGCAGCUGAUAACUUUUUGGUGUCCUCAUGGUGCCCGGUGCAGUUGGGGUGCUGAGCUUCUUGGAUCAGAAUUUCCCGGACGUGAUACAGCAGCUGUCACGGACGAUGGAGUCGGGAGCUGAACCGGAGAGGUACUGAAGACAUCUCUCUCUCUCCCCCGGGAGAGUCCUCCCUCCCCCCGGGGCGAUGCGGAUCUCGUUCCUUCUGCUCACCGCCUCUCUGUGUGCCUUGGUCCUCCUCCUUGCACCUGCCUCGGAGGGCUGCGGACCGGGGAGGGGGCACGGCAGGAGGCGGCUCCCGAAGAAGCUGAUCCCGCUCGCUUACAAGCAGUUCAGCCCCAACGUGGCCGAGAAGACCCUGGGAGCCAGCGGGAGACCCGAGGGCAAAAUUACGCGCAGCUCAGAGCGUUUUAAAGAGCUGACGCCGAAUUACAACACCGAUAUUAUCUUCAAAGAUGAGGAGGACACGAAUGCAGACCGGCUCAUGACCCAGCGUUGUAAAGACAAGUUGAACUCUCUUGCCAUCUCUGUGAUGAACAUGUGGCCGGGUGUGAAGCUGAGGGUGACGGAGGGCUGGGAUGAGGAUGGUCACCAUUCGGAGGACUCACUGCACUAUGAAGGACGGGCUGUGGACAUCACCACUUCUGACAGGGACAGAAAUAAGUAUGCCAUGUUGGCUCGGCUGGCAGUAGAAGCUGGAUUUGAUUGGGUCUACUAUGAGUCCAAAGCCCACAUUCACUGUAGUGUCAAGUCAGAACAUUCCGUGGCAGCCAAAACUGGUGGUUGUUUCCCUGGUGAUGCUCAGGUCAUGCUCGAAGACGGGACUACAAAACUGAUGCGUGACCUCCUUCCGAGCGACCGCGUCCUGGCUUCUUCAGCAUCAGACGGUCGGGGCCCCCUGCUCUACAGCCCGGUCUUAUCCUUUCUGGACCGCCAACCCAACGUCACAAAGAUCUUCUACAUCAUUGGCACCAACUCAGGACUUAAUAUUACUCUCACAGCCGCUCACCUGAUCUUUGUCACAGACUGCACAAGUGAGCCGAAUGGGAAAGAGACAGCUGAAGGGCCUCUUGUUGGCUCUGUACGGGAAACCAGGCCUAGCUGGGAAUCAGGCCUCCGGACAGUUUUUGCCAGUGACAUCCUGCCAGGACAGUGUGUGCUCACUUCACAAGUGAAAGAGGGCUCACAAGCAACACUUUCAGUCGUCACCUUCGUAGAGGAACAGAGGAGCACCGGAUUGUAUGCUCCCCUUACCCAGCAUGGGUCCAUAGUGGUGAAUGGCGUGUUAGCAUCUUGCUAUGCUGCCAUGGACAAUCACCACUUAUCCCACUGGGUCCUGGCACCCCUGAGAUUCUUCUACAGUCUGAUGGGACCUUCAGAGCCACAAAUUGACGGCCUGCACUGGUACCCCUGGCUUCUUCAAACGCUGGGGCAAAUACUGCUGGACGCAGGACACUUUCACCCCUGGGGGAUUGAGCAAGGACUCAGAGAUGAGCAACAGAGACAUGUCUCACACUGAUGAUGUCAUUUACAUACCUGUAAUCAGAAGAACCAAAGCACAGAUCCCCUGAGGGAUCAGGGACAAUUCUUUUUUGUAGUGGAAACAAUGUUUUUACCAUAGAGUGCAUAAAACAUGGACAAAGUCUCAGUGACGUCACCCAUUGGUUUCACAAGCCGAGUUUUGAAGCCCAAUGAGGGUGGUCGCCAUAUUGGAAAUGCUGUCUCAAACUAACUUUUGGUCAAUCUAGUAACAGGCAAAGAGGUGGAGCUGAGUUAGGCCUUUAGCCUCCUGGUGAACAGCUUUAAAGCACUCAUCUGUCAGUCAGAUCAGACAUGCCACUAAUUAUGCAUAACUCAUUCAUAAAAUCCAAAUGAACAAGUUAAAAAAAAAAUCACCCCGCCCUACAGUGUUUACAAGUAAAGACAUGAACUAUUGAUAAAAAAAAUAAUUGAGGCAGGCUGUUAACAUUUUUAUUUUGGCACUUUAUCAUGUGUGUUAGGGGGACUCCUGCAGCCAGUCUCAAGAGGACACUCGAGGAAAUGCAGCAAUUUGCACUUCCACAUUGGCUUUAAUUUCCAACACCAGAUUGCCCUUGGUUUUUACUGGCUCUGCCUGCAUUUACAGUAGAACAUUUUAAUUUUGUAAAGAAGAGACAUAGAGGAUUUAUUACACUUUGUUAAAUUAGGUAAUUCCAGGAGAUUUUGAAGACUGAAAGAAUUAGGUUUGACAGGAAAUCCAAGCCUUUGGACAAGAAUUUUAUAAGCUCAUGAUGAAAAUGAACUUGAAUACCAACAGAAUAUAUUAACAUGAGCAUCUCAUAUUCAUAUUAAAACUGGAUGUUUAAACAGUUCCUCAAGGAGUACCUCAGAAAUAGCUAAAACAAUUAGGAAAGGUGAAUCAACAAAACAUUUAACCAUCUGAAGAUCAUGCUGUGGCA